ACUAAAUCAGCGCCAAAUCAAAACAACCUUUCAUCUUCCAUUUUCAAAAUCAGCGCCUCUUAAUUUAUUAGUAGCGCUACCCUUUCCGCCUCAUUACCGAUCCCAGCCACCGCAGCAACGAACUAACAUGCGAACACAAUGUUACCUUCGUCUAUCUAAACUCUAUCAAAGAAAUUCCAGUUUUCAUAAUUGCAGGGGCCACGACGAUCAGACUAUGCUAGAAGCAACUAAUCACAUUGUAUUCAUUGCAUUUUUCGCGGGUUGUUUUGCAAUUAUAGUUUGUUUUACCACAGCACUAAACCCCCUUCUCAUAAUAAUCAUCGGAGUUGGAGUUGUAUUGCCACUCUUCUUUGUUGCCAUCUACAACUGGGACACUUAUAUGGUAUAUGACCUUACGGACCUCGUUUUACCUCCAUCAUCAUUGGAGUCAUCAUCUGUGCACCAAGGAUAAUCAUCUGUCCUUUCGUAUUCUGGUUUUUGAUCUAUAAAUUCCAGAAAAGGCGUUUGUCCUCAUUCGAGGGAGUAGAGUCAUUCAUACAAAGUGAUAACAAACUCAUGCCAAUAAGGUACUCCUACUCGGACAUAAAAAAUAUGAUACACGAUUACUUGAUGAUGUAUUAGUGGGUAAUUAUUUAAAGUUAGUGGGGGAGUUAUUUGAAGUUAGUGGGGAGUUAAUGAGUGGUUACAUAGUUAUUAUUGUAGUUAAUAGUAAUUAUUAUCUUUAUUUCCUUAGUAGUAUAUAUAGGUCCCUUAAGGUUUUAGAGAUUAUGAAAUAUUAAGUUUAGAUUAAGGACUGUAUUUUACCGUAGAGCCUCAUUAGAGGAUUAUUGUUGUUCAUUUCAGUUUGUAUUUCUAUUUCCUAUCAUAUUUUAGUUCGUGUGUAUAACUUAUCAUGGCCGUCUUUCACUCCGUAUCAAAUGGUGCGGUGAACGUGGAAUGCAUGCGGUUCAACGGAUCAGAGAAGGCGGUGGAAACCUUGCACACCAAGUCUGAAAAACUCACUACCCCGACCUCUUGUUGGCAGACCGAAUUCGAUGCCCUUGUGCCGGAGCUUCUGGUUCGUUACUCGUCACUUUCCAAACCCCACAACAUUUCCCAUCACAAGUCACAACCACCGGCCGACCAUCCAACCAACACGACUGAAGAGAACUCAGCCAUCCUGCACACUGUGCCACAGCCUCCCAUGCAUCUAUCCUACAUCUCAUUGCCAAACACAUCAGCCCAGAACACACCACAACUGCUUGUGCAUCCAUCUUCUGUCUCAUUCCUAGACAAAUCAGACCCCCGUUUAGCCAACCCCAUGGUUUAGCCUCCUUUUUUUACACCAACAACAAAGCCUGUGGUGAUUACUCCACCACCCCGAAGUCACACUUGAGGAGAGACUCCGCCCACAUCUACACCUCCAGAUGGGAAUGCAUUGCUUCGGUCGGUGCAAGCUAUCAUCGAGCACAUUCUGCGACGUCUUGAUGCACAGAUUUCUGCACCUGCAUUCACGUCCCUACCUUUGCCCAUUGAGAUUUCAACAGACGAGAUAGUGAGCGUCACUGCAACCCUGUUAUCUCCUGAUAUGGCACCAACAUCCCCGUUCCAGUCCAGCCCUUCGCCACCACCAGUACCACAGUUUACGACAACCCUUGUGUCUUCCGACGUGGGGCCUGUUGGGGUUUGGUGCCCCUUGCACAACGGAAGUCAUGCAUUCACAAAUAAAUCAUACAUAUGGAUCUAUUUGACAGAUUAUGAGAUCAAUUUAUUGUUAGGGUUUUACUAGAAAUCACCUUUCGAGUGAUUGAAUACUGUAAAACUCUAUAAGCUAUUUUCCAAUAAAUAAAACAGA